AUGCUACGAGUGUUUUUGCUUGUAUCGUUUCUUGCCGUAGAGAUUUUCGGCGAUGAAGCGCAAGAUAUCUGGGCGGCAAGACAACGUCAUGUGAAACCGGCUGGAAAAACGGGGGCUAAGAUUAGCGGAAGAAUCGUUGGCGGCGUCGAGGUAGAUGUUUCAAAGUAUCCCUUUCAGUUGUCCUUACGCGAUAUGAACUUCCACAUAUGUGGUGCAACUGCCAUCGCCGAGCUGUGGGCUCUGACCGCUGCACAUUGCUACUCUCCACCGAUCGACCCCCGUCGGCUCACAUUGCUCGGAGGAACCAACCAGCGGGACGAUGACUUUAAUGGAUCAGUUUUUCAAGUGGACGAAGUAAUUUGCCACCCAAAAUUUGACGCAACUACGUACGACAAGGAUGUCUGUGUUAUGCACGUAACGACAUCAUUUUUGGGAUAUCCUAACAUAGGACUCAUACCGAUAGCGCACAGCGGUCAAGUCGUAGCAAGUAAUUCUUACGCUACCGUUUCUGGAUGGGGUCUACUUGCGUCCGAUAAAUCGCUGGCACCAACCCUGCGAGCUGUCACUAUUCCAAUAACGUCAAUGAAGAACUGCAAAGAAGUCUGGGUACCCUAUACAAUUGCAACAUCAGCUAUUUGCGCUGGACAACAGGGAAAAGAUUCCUGCAACGGGGACAGUGGUGGUCCGCUCGUUCAAAAUGGAACCCAAAUCGGCCUUGUCUCGUGGGGUAAUUCGGAAUGCGGUAGCCCUCUUCCCGGCAUCUACACCUUUAUCGGCAAUCCUAAGAUCCGUUCCUUCAUUAACAAAUACACUGGCGUGUAA